GAUGGUUCACCUUCAUCUUCCCUGAAUAUAUAUAUCUCCACAAAAUUUGCCUUCGAAGUCUUCAAAUAAAAACAGUUCCCCUUCACAUCCUCGCCCCGAUGUACCUCACGAGCCCGACUUUUCUCUGGCGGCGUCCGUAUAUGAAGAUGCGGCGCCGGCUUGAGGGAAUCGGGCGGAGGAGGCCUGGGGACGACGAGGUGGUUCCCUCAUCUCACAGAAAACCGAGCGUGUUCUUCCUCCCUCCCUUCUCGAGACUUGCGGCGGCUAUGGAGCGUGGGCACACGUUAGCAACGGAUGGAGGGUUGCAGCACCGGAUCGAGGCCAUCAGUCAUCACUACAGAUGGAGCAAGGAGGAGCAUUCAGCUGUACUUUCCACAGCCACUGAUUCCACCACGCAGGAAUUGUCAGAAUGGAAUGCGAAAUAUUGCGACAAGUUUGGAUUUGUCUUCAUGAUAUGCGUGUCCAGGAGGACCGCCCCUGAGGUUCACAAAAGUGAGGCCACGACGUGGAGCUAGGCGGCGGUGGACUGGAGAACUUCUCUCUGUUAAUUCUGUCUUUCUCUCUCUUAAUAAGUUUAUCUAUGUACUCUCUGUGUUAACUGUGUGUGUGUGUGUGUGUUAAUCCUGUAUGAAGAAUCAACAUAAUUCUGUGAAUUUCAGACUUUGGGUGAAAGCAACGGGUUCAGUGGGCAUGCGUGAUUAUAUCCUUCUGGUGCAUUUAAUAUAUGUAAUUGAGCGAACAAGUUGCAUAAUGACAGUUUCCUAUUUUCUUUCUAUAGAGUUAUGUUAUCCAAUGCACAUAAUUAGUCAGAAGAGGGAGCUUUCUGAUGCAGGUACAACUAAACACUAUAUUUAGAAGA